AAUGUUGCCAUAAUAAUUAUCUCAUCCAAUAAAUGCACCAUCAGCCAGUUAUACAGUUACUUUGCUGAAAAAACAACUGAGAUGUAUUCUAUCAAAUAAUAAUAACUUAGAGUUAGAGGAAAGUAAGACCAUAGAAGGAGUUUCAGUCGGAUUGGAAUCAAAUAGCUUAUACUAAUGGAAUAUUAGCUUUGCUGGUCCAUCUGAUACAUUAUAUGAAGGUGGAUACUUCUAAGCAAUGAUGAAAUUUCCUGAAGAUUAUCCUAAUUCUCCACCAACAUUUAAAUUUUUGACUGAAAUGUGGCAUCCAAAUAGUAAAAGACUAUUUGAUAAAAUAUAUAGUUUACUCAGAUGGAAGAGUUUGCAUUUCUAUUCUACAUGCAUAGGACGAAUUUAAUGAUUAAGAACCUCCUGAAACAAGGUGAUAAGUCUACUUUAUUCUUAGAUGGAGACCUAUAUUAACACCUGAAGAUGUGUUAAUUUCAAUAGUUUCGAUGUUAUCUGAACCUAAUAUCAAUUCACCUGCUAAUGUAGAUGCUGGAAUUCAAUUUAGAGAUAAACCAGAUGAAUAUAAAAAGAAAGUGAGAAAAUUAAUAGAUAAAGCAUUAGAAAAUUUAUGA